UAGUCAUGCUUCUGUGUGUGUGUGUUUGAAUAUGCACGCACAUUAGAUUACAGUCUCUGUGGGUGUAGCAUGGUGCAUACCCUGCUUUCAGUUCUACUUUUUUGACCUAAUGACUUCUGUAGGGUUGGUCCGAAGUCUGCAUUUUUCACUUCACUCUGUUGGAUCAAAAUAGUGCAAGGGCUAGUCAAAUCUAAACUCCUGGCAAGUGACUAGUGAAUCAUGUGGUAGCAAACACUGAGCAUAGAUGAAAUUGACUGGGAGGCUGCGUGUCUAGAGGUAAGGAGGGAAACAGAUGUUUAAGAGACAGUCAGGCAGAAGUAGGUGGAUUUGGCUUUGUGGUGUGCUCUUACCGUAGAUCCACAUUUUAUGGACUCGCUCAUUUGAAGAAGACCAACAGCAUUACUGAUUUUGUGCCAAUCAGAUCCUCCACAUAGGAAUUGCCCUACAAACAUAGCUGAGUCUGAGAAGUGGGAAGAAAACAGCCACAUGAGAGGAAGCUGGGUGAAGAGAAGUCAUCAAGAGAGAGAAGAAACAUAAAGCAGGAUAAGCAGCAUGCAGGCACUCGAGGUGGAGCACCAGGGAAUGGUUUCUGCACAGAGCUUUUUCUCCUAUGGCCUUACAGCACUGUGCUAUCCAGACAGAUUCACAUAACCAAAGAAGCCCCAUAAAAGAACCUCAACUGGACAGCAGGUGAUUCAAAGUAUAGGCAAAAUAAACAACUAUGCAUACUUGGAAAGUGUGGGCAAUCUGCAUGACCUUGGCUGUAUACUUUCCUGAAGAACAAGCUCUGAGACAGGCCUGUCUCUUAUGUGAUGCCACUCAGUAUUGCAACUGCUCUUCCAUGGGUUUGGACUUCAUUCCCUCGGAGCUCACAGGCAAAAUCACAGUGUUAAACCUGGCCCACAACAGGAUAAAGCUGAUCCGGGCACACGAUCUGCAGCAGGCUGUGAACCUGAGAGUCCUACUGCUGCAGUCCAACCAGAUCAGCUCCAUAGACGAGGACUCGUUUGGCUCCCAGGGGAAGCUGGAGCUCCUGGACUUGUCAAAUAACAGCCUGGCUCACUUGUCCCCAAUGUGGUUUGGGCCCCUUUUUUCACUCCAGCACCUCCACAUUCAAGGCAAUUCCUACAGUGACCUGGGGGAAAGUUCCCCCUUUUCAAGCCUGAGCAACUUGAGCUCCCUCUAUCUGGGCAACCCACAGUUCUCUGUCAUCAGGCAAGGAAACUUUGAGGGCAUUACGUUUCUCAACACUCUGAAGAUCGAUGGUGGCAACCUCAGUCAGUAUGAGCCUGGAAGUCUGAAAUCGAUUAGGAAGAUAAAUCACAUGAUCAUAAGCAUAAGAAGGAUUGAUGUGUUCUCAGCAGUCAUCAGGGACCUUGUGCACUCUGCUGUUUGGUUAGAAGUUAGAGAGAUCAAAUUAGAUAUUGAAAAUGAAAAACUGGUUCAGAAUUCUACUCUUCCUUCAACAGUACAAAAACUUACAUUUAAUGGUGCUUCAUUCACUGACGAAUAUAUUAGCCGAAUAGCAGUGUUAUUGAAGGAAAUCACAUCUUUGAGAGAAUUAGAAGCAAUAGAUUGUGUGCUUGAGGGGAAAGGAGUGUGGGAUACAAAAGAAAUCGCACGAAGUAGACUAAGUUCUGUUGAAACAAUUUCCAUUAAAAAUUUGACUAUUCAGGAUUUUUAUCUGUUCUUUGACCUGGAAGGUAUAGAGACACAAGUAGGUAAGCUGAAAAGACUCAGCAUUGUAAGCUCUAAAGUCUUCAUGGUACCGUGCAGACUGGCACGGUAUUUUUUAUCACUGUUAUAUCUUGAUUUCCAUGAUAAUUUGCUUGUAAAUAAUCGCUUAGCUGAGACAAUCUGUAAAGAUGCAUGGCCUUCAUUACAAACUCUAAAUCUAAGUAAAAAUUCCCUGAAAUCCCUAAAACAGGCUGCCACAUACAUAAAUAAUCUACACAAACUGAUUAAUCUUGACCUCAGUGAAAACAAUUUUGGUGAGAUUCCAGACAAGUGUGAAUGGCCUGAAAACCUGAAAUAUCUGAAUCUCUCCAGCACUCAAAUUCCCAGGUUAACACCUUGCAUUCCCUCAAGUCUUGAAGUGCUGGAUGUUAGUGCUAACAACCUGCAGGAUUUUGGACUGCAACUGCCAUUUCUCAAGGAGUUGUACCUGACAGAAAACCAUCUGAAGACCUUGCCUGAAGCCACAGCCAUUCCUAACAUAGUGGCCAUGUCGAUCAGCAGAAACAAGCUCAACACCUUCUCCAAGGACAAGUUUGAGUCCUUCAAGCAACUGGAGCUGCUGGAUGCCAGCGCCAAUAACUUUAUCUGCUCCUGCGAAUUCCUCUCCUUCAUUCACCAUGAGGCCAGGAUAGCCCAGGUGCUUGUAGGAUGGCCAGAAAGCUACAUCUGCGACUCUCCGCUGGCGGUGCGAGGGGCACAGGUUGGGAGUGUGCAUCUGCCACUGAUGGAGUGCCACCGGUCCCUCCUGGUGUCCUUGAUCUGCACCCUGGUGUUCCUGUUCAUCCUCACCCUGGUGGUCGUUGGGUACAAGUACCAUGCAGUCUGGUACAUGAGAAUGACCUGGGCGUGGCUCCAAGCCAAGCGCAAGCCCAAGCGAGUCCCCGCAAAAGACAUCUGCUACGACGCUUUUGUCUCCUACAGCGAGAACGACUCCAACUGGGUGGAAAACAUCAUGGUGCAGCAGCUGGAGCAGGCAUGUCCGCCCUUCAGGCUGUGCCUCCAUAAGCGGGACUUUGUGCCUGGGAAGUGGAUUGUGGACAACAUCAUUGACUCCAUUGAGAAGAGCCACAAGACGCUCUUUGUGCUAUCAGAGCACUUUGUGCAGAGUGAGUGGUGCAAGUAUGAGCUGGAUUUCUCACACUUUCGCCUCUUUGAUGAGAACAACGAUGCGGCGAUUCUCAUCCUGCUGGAGCCCAUUCAGAGCCAGGCGAUCCCCAAGAGGUUCUGCAAACUGCGGAAGAUAAUGAACACCAAGACCUACCUGGAGUGGCCUCCUGAUGAAGAGCAGCAGCAGAUGUUUUGGGAGAACUUGAAAGUAGCCUUGAAAUCUUAGAUAGUAAUAUUAAAAACCGAGCCUGUAGCUGUGCUCUACUGGAUUAUUUCCAUUGACUUUGUCCCUUUAUCUAUCAGUAUCCAUCUAACAGAGAUCUGAGCUACUGUAAUUGCUGUUACUUGCUUCAAAAUUAUACUCUUCUUGUCUCUGUGAUCCUGAAUUUUCUGAGUAUUUUAAUCUGCAGUCUUAUGAAAAGCAGUUUUGCUUAAAGUUUUCCUGUUGAAAAUUUUUUAGAUACACAACUAUCUCUUUUAUAUAGCUUUAUCUUUGCAAAAUCUUUACAUAAGAGUCUGCUUAUGCAGCAGAUAUUUUCAUCCUAGCUCCCAUACUGCAUAUAUCUAAGGACUGAUUCUCAAUAGUGUUUCAUAAUCCUGGUAAGUUAAAUGUUAAAAACUUUUAAAAAUCACAGCAGCAAAAUUUAAUCUAAAUACCUGCCUUCACACUGUGGUGCUUAUUAUUCUUUCUUAGUGAAGAGAUGCUUCAGAAUGGGGUCCAAGCAAUUUUUUUACUUGCUUAAGUGAAAUUGUUGAAGUGUUCACUUGGAGUAUGUCAAACACUAAUAUCUAUGUAGUCUUUGAUUUCAAGACCAUACUCUUCUCUCCGACCAAGUAGCCUUAACACCAGUGCAAAAUGGGUGUUCCUCACCUUUGUUCUCUCUGCAAGGUAGUCCUCAAAACCAGAGCAGCUGAAGACUUUCCCACUUCAAACACUGUUGGAUGGGCCCAUGUUAUCUUAGGAAUAUGGCUGGGGCAAGGAUUGUAACUGCUGAAGAAGUGGAGUAAACAGAGAUACCACCACCAAGCUCUUCCUUCAGAUGUAAGUUGAAAAUGAAGGGGGAUCUCAGUAAAUACCUGUCUUGGAGACUUGGAAAGUUUCAGACAAACCUUAACAGCUUGAAUCUGGUCAGCCUAAGAGAUAACUACCUACUUGAUCAGCUCAGUGUUUAGGCAUAAUGUUCUUGGGGCUGACAUUUCCAGGUAUGUACAGAAGCAAAUCUUGAAAGCCUUCCCAUGGAAAUGUUUACAGUACAUUUUACUUCAUUACUACAUCAUAGAAUCAUAGAACAGCUUGAGUUGGAAAGGACCUUAAGGACCAUCUAGUUCCAAUGCUCUGCCAUAAGCAGGAAAACCUUCCAGUAGGACAGGCUGCUUACAGCCCUAUCCAACCUGGCAUCCACAGCUUCUCUGGGCAUCCUAUGCCAGAGCCUUAUUGCCUUCCAAGCAAAGAAUUUCUUCCUAACACUUAAUCUAAAUCUAUCCUAUUUUAAUUUAAAGCCAUCAUCACUUUUCUUAUCACUACACAUCGUAGGAAAGAGUCUCUCCUCUUUCAUUUGUGUCCACUUUAAGUAUGGAAGGCCAUUUAGACUGUGUCCAGGCUAGUGCUUUUAUUGUGUUUUGGGUCAUAGGCAUCUAAAGUGUACAGAAUCUCUGUUGAAUGAUUUGAGUAUUUGAGUUUGUACAUGGAAAGUCUCAUCUCACAGUUAGUUUCCUUUUGUGUUAAUGCUUUUAGAAGGUUUUCUUCAUAACCAGUUUUUCACUGAGAGCAGAAGUUCUCCUGUUCUUUGCUAGAUAUUUAGAAGACUGAGGAACAGCAUCCCUCCAUUUUAUUCACAAUUAGGCAUCUCUGAGAGUGUAACACAAAAAGAAAGAUUUAUUUAUGUGUAUUUUUGCAUAUAUAAAUGCAAGCAUAUAAGGCAUUACAAGAACUACUAGCCUUACUAGUUCAUCUGAGCAAAAAGGCCACUUGCCUUCUAUGCACUUAAGAUUUCUCUUCCACUUGCCUAAGAUUUAUUUUAUUGUAUCAUAUCCUAUUUUUAGCAUCUCAAACUUAGCUUCAUCUUGGUGGCUUCUGGCAAUCUCUGAUUUAUUGAUAUAUAUAUCAAGGCAUAAGUAAAGAUAACCUGUAUUUGUUUUAAUGACAAUGUAAAAAUUUCUGGCCGUGUUUAAUUUGUGUUUAAAAGCUACUUUACUUAGGCUAUGACCGCCUUCUCUGACUCCUAAGAAGAACCGCCUAAUCUUGCAUAAGCAAGACUGUGUUUCAGUUCUUUACAAUGUGGCCAUUGUAGUAUAGAAGUCAAAUGUUCAGCUGCUGAGCAGGGAAACUUAUGUUCCACUUUGAUAUGUUUAUUUAAACAUUAGCAUGGUACAUAGUUUGCGGUUAGUGAGCAUAACUUCCUCCUCCUAUGUUUGAGAAGCUGGUUGUUAGAAGUUUGGCCUUUUGAGUGUGGUGACAGUAAGUCAAAGAGGAUGUAGUCCUCUCCAAAUAAAGUUGCUCCUUUCUGUUGGAGAAUAAGGAGGAGGAAGUCAUUUGAGAUGCAACAUGCAGUUCAGAAAUUGAGCAGGCAAAAUGAUUUGUCCCUAAAGUCACUGAAAGGCACAUGUUCUAAUUCUGAACAUGCAUUUAUUAAAAUUUAUUAAAAAAAGAGGAAGGGGCUCAAUUAUUAGAAGUUAAGCCAGUCCAUAACUAACUGAAAAUCAAAACAAGUGUAGGUAUAAAGAGCAAAAGAGAAAAACCUUCUGCAUCCCCUACUGCCUUCAGAGUACAUGCAGUUAGGCAGUCCAGCAUUUCCUCUGCCAACAGACUCAUACCUUUAGCUACCUCUGCAAUAGGAAAUAUUUGGCAAAAUUUCAGGUGGCCUUCCCUCCACAGAGAGGUCUAUCUAGCUACCAAGCAUGCCAUAAACGCUACUGCUAUUAGGUCUUUUUACAAGUGGCAAUGGAGUAGAGUAUGUAGGAAUUAUGGUACAGCAGAUCUUGUAAGAAGUAAAGGGAAAAUAGAAAAAAAAAAAUCUAAAGGUAAUCUUACUUUACCUCACAUUAACAAGAUGAUGAAACUAUUCAGGUGCUGUGUUUCAGACUUCAACGUAUACAAAGCCAUUAUGUGACUUAAAAUUCUCCUUAUCUACCACACAACUUCCUGUAGUGAAAAUUUCAACUAGAAGUCACUAACAGAGUAUUUAACAAUGAAACAAACUUUAAAUAUUGGCAGUUUCUUUUUCAUGGGCACACAUAAUAAGAAAAUAAGUACUUCUUUUCUAGCUUCUAGCUUUUCUAUCUUCUCAUUAAAGGCAUCAAUUUCUUUAAAAAAAAUGCUUUCCUUGUAUGCUGUACAGUCUUUCUGUAAUGUGAAAAGAGGCACAGUCUUGCAAAAGAGUACAUAGCACAUCAGAGUUGUACCAACCAGCCAUACCAAAAGCUGUCCAGUCUCUUACAAUUAAGCACGAAAUAUGCAUAUUGCUGUGCACAAGAAAAGAUCCAACUUGACAUUGUCAAUAAUAGUCUGACUUCUGUUCCAGAUAUAGGAAGUAAUUAAUGUAUAGGACUAUGCCUACAACUGGUUGUCAAGCCACCAAGUAGCAGAGCCAGCCCAUGUAACCCGCGUUCCCACCUAACCUGUCAUAUAGGAAUUUGGAGAUAAAAAUUAUCAGUAAGUAAAACUUGGUGUCUUCCUUAGCUGAAGUUAAAGAGAAAGCAUUGGGUUAAUGUUUUGAAAUGUCUUCAGUUCCUUUUUCUGGAGGAGUAAGAUUACAUUUAAAUUUCCUCCUCACAUACAGUUAAAAUAGACUUAAAAAAUUAUUUCAACUCAAGCAGUUUUCUACAAGUGCAGCAGCAGAUCUUCAACAAAUACUUCUGACGCUGGAGAAAAAAAUAUAGUUUACUAAGAGGAGGGGGAAAAUAGCAACUGUUCUGAAAGUGGGCUAUGUUAAACUCAUUAUUUAAAGGGCAAAUGCCACUGCGUGGUCCUUCUAAAACUGAUUCACAUACUUUAAAAUAUUACUCUCAUUAUAUAAAUGAUUUCAGAAUGUCUUGAAAUCAAGGAGGAAAAUAUAAACAUACUUUUUUUUUUUUUUUUAGCUUGCUUGGAGUCUUAAAUAAGAUAAACCCAAACAGAGCUAUCAUCUUCCCUAAAUAUAAUUGCUCUUUAAUAAUAAUAGUUUUCCCAUUUAUGUGAUGUGGGCAUCUCAUCCCUCCACUGCAGAUCAAAACAAGAAUUAGCAAGUAAUCAGGCUAGAGUUUAGAAAAUCCAAAUCAAAAGCACACUUGUUAGGGAAAGGAUGUGGGUAACUCAAUGCCAUCUUCAAAUCAAGCUUUUUGCCACAGUGUGGGCAAGUCUCUUUCUUGCCAACUGUGCACCAACCACACAUGCAUAAUUCAUGAAACCUGGUAUCAGGUGUAUUUUCAAUAAACCCUUCAAAUAUAAACAAGGCUUAGAACAUUAAUCUGCAAAUGUAUUCAAACCAUCCACAGAUAAUUGUAAUGACUGAUUAUGGAUACUGCCUUGUUUUAAAACCCAGCAGUUUCAAAUGGCUGAAAUCAUUUAGAAUAGUUAGAAAAAGCAAAGUUCUGAACAUCCAGACCAGUAUUCAUGUUUUCCUGCACACAGGAAACUGCAAGACUUAUGCUCUGCAGGAGGAAGUGAUUUGUAACAGUGUUCCAGCACGUAUGCUGUGCCUUUCUUACUGGUUUCUGGAAUGCAAAAUGCUGUGCUGUUUGGUACCCCUGAGAAUCAGUCACUGGGUGUUCUGCUGGGCUAUAGGCUACAAAUGUGCCAUCUUUUGGGGAGGCUUCCACCCCUCCUUGAAACUACCUGUCACACACAGACCCAGGCGUAGACAGGGGAAAUCCUUAGCAGUGUGUAGGAUCCUGAGCUAGAGGACCCGACUGAGAGGAUUGCGUGCCUGGAUUUGCUGGGACUGGCCCAAUAUAUAGUCAGGCUGGGCAUGAAGUAUCUGGAAGGCGGAUCUGGGUAAGCAACUCCAGGGUUACUGCUAUUCUUGCUUCAGUUUAUCUGUCAAAGAGUUGCAUGGACUCCAUUUGUCACAGAACUGAGUUAUAUUUCAUAGUUUGAUUUUCACUUUUCUGCUGCAUUCUUUCUGAAUGUGUGGAUUUUUCCUUUUUUCUUGGCCUUUAUUACUGUUGUGAUUAUUUUUUAAAGCAGCUUAAAAGAGGAGAAAAUGGCUGUUCCAUAAUCAUAUGGAAAGGAUGCAUAUGAUUGCAGGACAGCUGGUGGGUAUUUUCAGUGAUCCCUUCUUCAUUUGUAUCCACAAAUAUUUUCUGCCCACAGACUGAACAGAUGUCAUUGGACAGAUUUCUUGUUGUUAUGCCAAUGAUGUUGUAAAGCUGUCAAGAUUGGGUUAACAGGAAAAAAUAAAGCCAAAAAUCCAUGAAAA